AUGGCCACCGAAUCCCCCUCCAAGAAGCUUAAGAUGGAAGCGCCUGUAAUUGGCACGCACAAUGGCCACUUCCACGCCGAUGAAUCUCUGGCAGUUGCCAUGCUGCGCCUGCUCCCCACCUAUCUCGACUCGCAGCUCGUCCGCACCCGCGACCCAGAAGUCCUCGCCAAGUGCCACACCGUCGUCGAUGUCGGCGGAGAGUAUGAUGACAAUGCUAAGCGCUACGACCACCACCAGCGUGGCUUCGAGACUGUCUUCCCGGGACACAACACCAAGCUGUCCUCGGCGGGACUCGUCUACCUCCACUUUGGCAAGGACAUCAUCACCUCAGUCACCGGGCUGCAGGGCCAAGACCGCGACAUUCUGUUCGAGAAGAUCUAUGCCGACUUCAUCGAGGCUUUCGAUGCGAACGACAACGGCGUCAACGUCAUCCCAGCCAAGGAUCUCGAAAAGGCAGGAUUGGCCAAGCAAUUCGAGGACCGUGGCUUCAGCAUCGCAAGCGUCGUGAACCGCUACAACUAUGGCCCUCGCGCUGCAAACGCCGAGGACACCAAGACGCCAGAAGCCAAACAGGCAGAAGAGGACGUGCGCUUCUUGAAGGCAUCGCAAUUCGUGGGCGAGCAGUUCUUGAUCGAGCUCACAGACCGCGCAAACUCGUGGCUCCCUGCCCGUCACUCUGUCAAGCAGGCAUACGAUGCGCGACUACAGUACGACCCUCAAGGCCGCAUCCUAGUCCUCCCCGAAGGCAUGCCCUGGGCCGACCACCUUUACAACCUCGAGAAGGAGUCGCCCAUCCCGGAGGGUGUUGCGCCACAGGUCCUGUACGUCUUGUUCCCAGAAGACAAGCCCGAGGGCAAGUGGCGCAUCCGCGCUGUCAGCAAGGAGAACGGUGGCUUCGUCAACCGCAAAGAUCUGCCAGACGCAUGGAAGGGCGUCCGUGACGAGCAGCUGGACCAGAUCUCCGGCGUGCAGGGCUGUGUGUUUGUCCACGCGGCUGGUUUCAUCGGCGGCAACAAGUCGUUUGACGGUGCUCUGGCCAUGGCAAAGAAGGCUCUGGAAUUGUAA